CUCACCUUUCCUGUUGAUCUUGUUGUUUACACAGAAAUUUCCAUAAAAUAUAAAAAAAGAAAAUAGCAGCAACUUUAAGCAAGAAUCCAACGAUGAGUGUUCUCUUGUUGACUUCACAUUUUCUACCAUAUAUCACUUGUUAUUGUUAUUGUUAAUCUACUUGCUUGAUUCAACCACACAAACAAACCUGUAUUUUCAUUUUGAGAGUUACAAAUUUCAACUCACUCAUUCAUUCACAAAGAGCUUGAAAAGAUGGCAGAGGCUGUACUUGAACUUGUGCUUCACAAUUUAAGCUCACUCAUUCAAAAUGAGCUUGGUCUGUUUUUUGGUUUUGAUCGAGACUUGAAGAGUCUUGCCAGCUUGCUCACGACAAUCAAGGCUACUCUUGAAGAUGCCGAAGAGCAACAAUUUUCAAACAGAGCCAUCAAGGAUUGGUUGCUUAAGCUCAAAGAUGCUGCUCAUGUUCUUGAUGAUAUUUUGGACGAGUGUGCUACCAAAGCAUUGGAGAUGGAAUACAAAGGACUGUCACGCAAGGUACAAAGCUCUUUCUUAUCAUCUUUUCAUCCCAAGCAUGUUGCUUUCCGUUACAAAAUUGCUAAGAAAAUGAAGAGCAUAAGAGAGAGGUUAGAUGAAGUAGCUGAAGAAAAGAGUAAGUUUCAUUUGACUGAGAUAGUUAGAGAGAAGAGAAUUGGAGUGCUUGAUUGGCGCCAAACCACCUCGAUCAUUUCACAACCUCAAGUCUAUGGAAGAGACGGACAUAAGGAUAAAAUAGUAGACUUUUUGGUAGGUGAUGGAUCUCAAUUGGAGGACUUAUCUGUCUAUCCAAUUGUAGGCCUAGGUGGACUAGGUAAAACAACACUUGCCCAACUCGUCUUCAAUGACGAGAGGAUAGUCAACCACUUUGAACUGAGCAUUUGGGUGUGUGUUUCGGAAGAUUUUAGUUUGAAAAGAAUGACCAGAGCCAUCAUUGAAUCGACAACUAAGAAGGCCUGCGAGGAUUUGGAUCUAGAGCCGCUACAAAGAAGACUUCAGGAUGUACUGCAAAGAAAAAGAUAUUUGCUGGUUUUGGACGAUGUGUGGAAUGAGAAACAAGAGAAGUGGCGCGAGUUGAAACCUCUGUUGGCUUGUGGAGGAAAGGGUGCUUCAAUAUUGGUCACUACUCGUCUCUGGAAGGUAGCAAAAAUCAUGGGAACAACGCCACCUCAUGAGUUAUCAAAGCUAUCUGACAUAGAUUGCUGGGGAUUGUUUAAACAACGAGCUUUUGGACCUAAUGAGGUAGAACAAGCUGAGCUUGUGGUAAUAGGGAAGGAGAUAAUAAAAAAAUGUGGGGGAGUGCCUCUUGCGGCAAUAGCACUAGGAAGUCUCUUGUGCUUUAAACGAGAGGAAAAAGAGUGGCUCUAUAUCAAGGAAAGCAAGCUAUGGAAUUUACAAGAUGAAGAUUAUGUCAUGCCUGCCUUGAGAUUAAGUUACUUGAAUUUGUCAGUGAAACUGAGACAAUGUUUUGCCAUCUGUGCACUAUUUCCCAAAGAUGAAAGAAUAAAUAAGCAAUUUCUAAUUGAGCUUUGGAUGGCUAAUGGCUUUAUUUCAUCUAAUGAAAUGUUGGACGAGGAAGAUAUUGGCAACGAGGUGUGGAAUGAAUUAUAUUGGAGAUCGUUUUUUCAAGAUAUCGAGAUAGAUGAAUUUGGAAAAGUUAGAAGUUUCAAGAUGCAUGAUCUUGUGCAUGAUCUUGCUCAUUCUGUUUCAGAAGAUGUGUGUUGCAUUACAAAUAAUGAUGACAUUCUCAAUACAUUUGAAAGAAUCCGCCAUCUCUCAUUUUAUAGGGAGAGUUCCAUUUGGGAAGUCAAUUCAAUCCAGUUGCGUAGCGCCAAAUCAUUGAAGACCUACACAAGGAAAGGGGUUGGUGGUGACAAUCAUUUACCUCGUGUUUUAAAUUUUUAUUCUUUACGGGCACUUGAGUUAGAAUAUAUUGAAGCAGUGCCAUCUUCAAUUGGUCAUUUAAAACAUCUAAGAUACUUGAAUCUUUCGUGGAGUGACUUUGAAACUCUUCCAGAAUCUAUAUGUAAGUUGUGGAAUUUGCAGAUUUUGAAAUUAGACAAUUGUUAUAAACUCCAACAGUUGCCGAAUAAUUUGAUACGCUUGAAAGCUUUAAAACAUCUAUCUUUGAUUGGCUGCUACUUAUCAUGCUUGCCUCCCCAAAUAGGGAGGUUGGCUUCCCUGAAGACUUUGAGCAUGUAUAUAGUUGGCCAGAAAAAAGGGUUCUUUUUGGAAGAAUUAGGACAGCUAAACCUUAAAGGAAAGCUUCACAUCAAGCACCUCGAGAGAGUGAAAAGUGUAAGAGAUGCUAAAGAAGCCAAUAUGUUAAGUAAGCACCUCAGUCAUUUGUGGUUGUCGUGGGAGAGAAAUGAAGAGUUCCAAUUGCAGGAAAAUGUUGAACAGAUUCUUGAUGUGCUUCAACCUCAUAUCCAUCAGCUUCAAGAGUUGGGUGUGGAAGGAUAUCAAGGCAUGUAUUUCCCACACUGGAUGUCUAGUCUUUCUCUCAAUGAUUUACAGUGUUUAUAUCUUAAGGAUUGCCAUAGUUGUUUACACCUCCCACAGUUGGCCAAACUACCUUAUCUAAAGGAACUAUUCAUAUCCAACAUGAGUCGUCUAAUAUACAUAGACGAAGAGUCCUACAACGGUGGAGUUAUGGGAGGUUUCAUAAUACUAAAAUUUCUGUCAUUGGAGAAGCUGCCAAACCUGAUAAGGAUAUCAAAGGAGGAUAGAGAAAAUAUGUUCCCUCACCUUUCCGCACUUGAAAUAAUUGAAUGUCCUAAUUUGUCAGGACUGCCUUAUCUUCCAUCUCUUGACUAUAUGCGUAUACAAGGGAAAUGCAACCAAGAUUUACUAAGUUCAAUUCAUAAACUUGCUUGUCUUGAAUCUCUUUGGUUCUAUGAUAAUGCAGAGCUAACAUGCUUUCCAGAUGGUAUGCUAAGAAACCUCACUUCUCUUAAGACAUUCAUGAUUUGGAAUUGCUCAAAAAUAGAAGGUUUCGAUGAGGCUUUACAACAUAUGACUUCCCUUGAAUCAUUAAUAGUAAGGGAUCUUCCGAAUCUAACAACCUUGCCUGAAUCGUUAGGAAACUUAGGUUUGCUUCAUGACCUAAGAAUUUCUAAUUGUCCGAAGUUGACGUGUCUUCCAAUGAGCAUUCAAAGCCUUACUGGUCUGGAAAGUUUAAGGAUUUACAGUUGCAGUGAGUUAGAGAAGAGAUGUGAAAAGGAAACAAGUGAGGAUUGGCCAAAAAUAGCUCAUGUUCAAAAUAUUGAAAUACGAAACACCAGAUUGAUCUUUUGAGUAUGCUGCAAAAGUUCUUUUGAUCACAGGGGGCAAAGAAAGACUUUUCCCCACCACAUAUAAGCACAUAUUAUCAUUGCUAUUACGAUAUGUUCUCUGGUUGAUGAUGAGUGGAGGGUACUUGUAUGUUGUGAAUAAUUCAGCCAACCAAGUAAGUGGAGAUGCAAGGGUCACAAUCACAACAGCUUGGAUUCAAUCUGGUUCUGCUGCAUACAACAACAGAUGCUACCCAAGUUUCUUCUGUUAGAUUCAACCGACUUUUCAUUGAAGUUUAUCUUGUUACUUUUGUACAUCUUGGUUUGUCUGUCAUUACUGCAGAAUGCAGAUAUAGAAUAAAUAUGGUUUUGACAACAAAGAAUCUGUAUGAUAUCUCUGGUUUAUCAUGUUUUUGUUUUUAAUUGUGUUUUAUGCAAUAGAGUAUUCUGUUCAAAAUACUAUUGCUUACCAUCAUGGAUAGAUAUGUUGUUCCUUUCCUUCUUUAUCUAACUUGGUUUUGAUUUU